AAGUUGAUAAAUCGAAAACUUUUCUGUCUUUUCUGUCAUGUUCUGCUGCAACUUGCGAGUUGUUUAAAACUGUAAUAAGAAACAAAAGUGGCCAGAUAGAACUUUGUCUAUGGGCCAGCCAUUUGACAGUUAUUUGAAAAUAAAGUGACAAAAACCGAACGAAAUUUAAAGGAAAAUAUUUUAAUUUCUUAAAAUAUUCACAGUGCACGAUGAAGGAAAAAUAUUGAUCAGAAAAGUGUAUCUAGUACUUUAUAAUAGACCCUAAAUGAUGAGUGUAUAUUUUUUGAACUCAGUGUUUGUUGUUAUCGGUUAAAAUGUAUACUUUGAAAGGUAUAUUUCCUGAACCAAAAAAGGAGCAAAAAAAGAAUUUCAUUAGGGAAAACAUGAAGCAACUCAAAUUAAUCCAGGGGAAAUCGCCCAAGGAAGCUAAAUUUACCUUUAAAUCAGUGAAUCCACCGAGAUUUAGUGCCCAGAUCGAUGCUAGCGCCAACUUAGAUCAGGUGAAAUCUGCACCCUCGAAUAAGAGCGGCAGAGCUGCUUUAAACACUGGCAAAGCGAACUCAACAAACUUACGGAAAAAACACACUGAUAUACGAAUAAAAAAAGGUGAUAUGGCAGAGUUUUUGAAAAGGAAAGAGAUGCGAUCACAACAGCAAGAAGAACUAGUUUAUGACGACGCUAAAUCAUCCCAAUCUUCCGGACGGUUAAGAGAUAUAGGGUGUCAAACUGAAGAGUCCAAUUUAUCCCAGAAACUGACAGAAAACACUAAGUUGACUAUGCUGUACCCCACAAGAGAGAAUGACCAUGAGAAGAUGAAGGCCAGUGGGGACUCGGUGGGGCACAGCCCUUCACGUUCUAGACCACACUCUCCAAGACGAAUGGCAGAUGAUUUUAUGGAGGAGAGGAACCGUAGUCGACUAAAUGCUAUCUUAGAAAGGAAGGAUAAGGAUCCGUACGUACCUCCAGGUUAUCAAAAAGGAGUGGUACCAAAGUACCUGCGCGAACGGAAGGAAAUAGCCAAAGAUAAGAUAGAAGAUGCGAGUGAGGUGUACGCGGACUGUCCCGCGGGACAUGUCCCGCUGCCUGAUGUAGAGAGGAAAGAGACACUGCGCAUGCUUAGGAAUAGUUUUGCUGAGUUAGUAAGUGAAUUAAACAAAAUGCCAGUUAAAACUGAUACUCUGAGAAUGAGGAACCGAAAAAUGGAGCUCGAAAAGCAAUUAGCCAAACUUGAAGAGGGCAUCAAAGUGUUUUCUAGACCCAAAGUGUUUGUUAAGAUAGGAGAAUGACAAACAUUUUAUGAUAUUUAAGAGAUUGAAAAUUGCUAGUAGGUAUUUAACUAUAACUUUUGCAUAAUUUGAAUAAUAUCAAAAUUAUAUUGUUUUAUGGAUAUUUGUAAAGUAUGGACUUAUCUAAUUCAGUCAGUAUUCAUUUUAUUUCAAUGUUUUUCUUAAACUAUGAAAAUUCUUUAGCUUUCCUAUAAAAAUGGUUCUAAGUGAUUUUUCUGUUCUGUGCCUACUUAAAAUUAAAAUUCUUGUUACCGACUGUGACCAUAUUACUGUGAAAUUAUUGAUACAAUAAUUCAGUAAGUUAAUUAUUAUUAUAAUUUAGUACAUAUUGUAAUAUUAUAUGUUGUAUGUUCCUUGUAAUAAUAUAUUUGUAUGAUUUACAGUGAUUGUAUUACUUUUGGAUUUAAAUACAUGUGCUAUAUUAAUUUGA